AUGCGUCCCUUUACUCUUCCCUCGGCUUUAUUUGUCGCCGCCGCUCUCGCCCAGAAAAGCAAAAAUGUGGAAUGUGCCGAUGGCUUGUACAUGGUUGUCGCGCGAGGCACAGGCGAGGAGAAAGGCGUUGGCAUCACUGGAGAGGUCGCUGAGGAUGUCGCCGACCGCGUCAAGGGUUCCAUCGUCGAGCCUCUCGACUAUCCAGCAACGUUCCUUGAUCCAGCCUACGAUGAGUCUGAGGCUGCCGGUGUCGAAGCCAUGACCAAGCUCCUCACCAACUAUCACAGCUCGUGCCCGGAUGGAAAGAUUGCAGUCUUUGGCUACUCUCAGGGUGGUCAAGUCGCUACAGACACAUUCUGUGGCGGAAGCGGCGGCAGUUUUCCAGACAACAAGCCCAUCUCUACGGAUCUAGUCGAAGACAGCGUCGUUGCGAUCAUCAUCUUCGGAGACCCGAGCCACGUGGCCAACGCGUCGUACAACCAGGGCACCGGCGAGAAGAACGGCGUAUUUGCCCGCACCAACAUUACGCUGUGCGAGGAUCAGUACACCCAGACUGGAAUUAUUCGCUCCUACUGCGAUACGGGAGAUACGUACUGCGAUCGGGGUAGUGAUGAGGAUGUGCAUGGGGAGUAUGUGUCUAAGUAUGGUGAUGAGGUGGUCGAGUAUGUCGUGGACCAGUAUGAGAAGGCUGUUAGGGAGGGAACUAAGAGCACGAGCACGGCUACGGCUACUGGAACAUCUACAGAAGCGUCUACGGGAACCGCGACUGGAACCGAGACUGGAACUGCCUCGACUGCUUCAGAGACCGAGUCAGCUGCGACUUCAACACCCACAGCCACAGCCGCUCCUGGCAAUGGUGCUGCUGGCUUGGCCCCAGGUCUUGCUCUGGCAGCUGUCCCUGUGUUCUUGGCCAUUUCAGAGCUGCUGUUUUAA